AUUACGUUGCAAAUUGGGUGACAGUGGAGGCGAGCGGCUGCAGAAUCUGCUGCAGACUGCCGGCUUUAUGUCUUCCUAAAUAUCUGCGGAGUGGAGAAAUUAACGCGCUAAUCGGCCCUGGCUUCAACCUGGAAGAACCUGGAGCAGGUGCAGAGGAAAGCUUCCCGAUGUCCGAGUCUCUGACGUGGACUCAUUUCCUUUAACCACAAGAGUUUCUUCUUCCUAUUCGUGCGUCGACAUUUGAUUUUAAAUCUCUUGUCGGUUUGUCCCUGGACGACUUUAAAGUCAUUCAGAAUAUCUCUGGAAGCUUUUUUUUUUUUAAAGAAGAUGAGAAGCUAAAAGAGGAAGUGGUUCGAGAAGAUGCGGGCAGCAGGACGGGUCUAUCCAGACAUGACGGAGAGAGUUCAGGGUCCGAAGCUCGCCACCGUGACCGCCGCGUUCUUCUUCUGUCUUUAGCCACCAUGAGGAAGCCGUUUCCUACAAACUCUUCAUGAUCCCCUCGAGCUUUCAGAGCCGAUCCGCGUCUGUGUAACUGUAUUUUAAAGAGUUUGAGCCGCGAGGAGCUUUGCGUCGGGAGUUGGAAAAAGCGGGAUGGCAGGCGGGACGCCGGGAACGAGGGCGCUCCUGAGGAUUCUGGGAUUUUUCUGCCUGUGGAUUACGGCUCAGGCUCAGAUGAAGAUCCCACCGGAGACGGUGCAGCAGUGGGCGUCUGAGUUCUCCGUUCAGCUUCGAGACUUCACCACCAAAUACUCCGGCUCUCAGCUGCUGCAGAAGAAACUGAAGGAUGUCGAGUCCAUCGUUAAGAUCGUGGAGGUGGACGGAAACGACCUGGUGAAGGAUUAUUCGGAUGAAAUCGAGCGAAUGUUGGGAAGCAAGAUGAAGUCCGUGAAGAGGUUGGCGGAGUCUGCAGAGGAUGCCGACCUGUACCACGACUUCAACGCUUCAUUGACGUUUGAUUACUACAACUCCAUGAUGAUCAACAAGGUGGACGAGGACGGGAACAGCGUGGAGCUGGGCGGAGACUUCCCCCUGGAGGAGAACGAACACUUCAACAACAUGCCGGUGAACACGCUGCUGAGCGACAUCCAGAUCCCCACCAACGUCUACAACAAAGAUCCCAACAUCAUCAAUGCCAUCUACAACUCGGAGGCGUUGAACGACGUCUUCAUCAGUAACUUCCAGAAGGAUCCGACGCUUACCUGGCAGUUCUUCGGCAGCUCCACCGGCUUCUUUAGGAUCUACCCCGGUAUUAAAUGGACUCCGGACGCCAACGGUGUGGCCGCUUUCGACUGCAGGAACAGAAACUGGUACAUCCAGGCAGCCACGUCUCCCAAAGACAUCAUCAUCAUGGUGGACAUCAGCGGCAGCAUGAAGGGGCUGAAGAUGACCAUCGCCAAACACACCAUCAACACUCAUCUCUGGACACGUUGGGGAGAAUGUACUUUCAUUAACUGUUAUCAUUACACUGACUACGUUCGCUACGUGGAGCCGUGCUUCAGAGGAACUCUGGUCCAGGCGGACCUGGACAACAGAGAGCACUUUAAGUUGCUGGUGGAGAGUCUGCAUGUUAAAGGAGAAGCCAAGAUCAAGAACGCCAUGAAGGAGUCCUUCAAAAUCCUCAGCGAGGCGAGGACCAACGGUCAGGGCAGCAUGUGUAACCAGGCCAUCAUGCUGAUCACAGACGGAGCCAUGGAGGACUUUCAGUCCGUCUUUGAGGAGUUCAACUGGCCUGAACGCAGGGUGCGAGUCUUCACCUACCUGAUCGGCAGAGAGAUGACUUUCGCUCAAAGCGCCAAGUGGAUCGCCUGCAACAACAAAGGUUACUACACACACAUCUCCACGCUGGCCGACGUGCAGGAGAACGUCAUGGAGUACCUGCACGUGCUCAGCCGACCAAUGGUCAUCAACCACAACCAUGACAUCAUCUGGACGGAGGCCUACAUGGACACUGUGCUUCCCAAAACCAAGGAGCUCUUCUACACCAAAGCUCAGAGUCUGCUGCUGAUGACCUCAGUGGCCAUGCCGGUCUUCAGCAAGAAGAAGGAAACGCUGUCCCAUGGGAUCCUGCUGGGCGUGGUCGGCACCGACGUCCCACUGAUGGAGGUGAUGAAGCUGGCACCCCGAUACAUGCUGGGCGCUCACGGCUACGCCUUCCUCAUCACCAACAACGGUUACAUCCUGGCUCACCCUGACCUCCGACCUCUGUACAAAGAUGGAAAGAAACUGAAGCCGAAGCCGAACUACAACAGCGUGGAUAUGGCCGAGGUGGAGUGGGAGGAUACAGACGAGACGCUGAGAACCGCCAUGGUGAGGGGAGAGACUGGCAGCUACAGGCUGAGCGUCAGAGCCUCAGUGGACAAAGGGAAACGGCCCCUGUACCUCGUCAACGACUACUUCUACACAAACAUCGAUGAGACGCCUUUCAGCUUCGGCAUGGUGCUGACGAGGGGUCACGGAAGCGUCAUGUUUAUCGGGAAUGUUUCCGUGGAGGAAGGCCUGCACGAUCUCACCUCCCCGGACCUCAGCAUCGCCACCGAGUGGACGUACUGUGAGACGGACAUCGACCCCAGCCACCGGAAGUACUCCCAGCUUCAGGCCGCUAUCCGCUACCUGCUGGGCAAGGAGCCCGACCUCCAGUGUGACGAGUUGUUGCUGCAGCACACGCUGUUUGACGCCGUGGUGACGGCUCCGAUGGAAGCCUACUGGAACGCCCUGAUGCUCAGCGACGGGGUGGAGGCGGGUGUGGAGACGGCCUUCCUCGGGACUCGUUCGGGCCUGAUGAGGAUCAUAAGAUACGCAGGAGUGGAGACCAGAGUGGCAAAGCGGUUUCUGACUGAGGUUGAUAAGGACAACCUGUUCACCAUCGAUCACUUCCCUCUGUGGUACCGCCUGGCCGUGGAAAACACUCCUGGAAGCUUCUACUACUACUCCGUCAACGACAAAGGAGUGAAGUACGUGAUCGCGACGACAGCGGUGACGGUGUCGUCGGGCGGGAGGACGGCCAUGGCCGGAGCGAUCGGGGUGCAGCUGUCCUUGGAAUUGCUGGAAAAGAGGUUCUGGGCCAUCGCCAAGCAGCCCAGCGACACAGACUGUUCAGCCACCGAAGGCGUGUGUCCUCUCAGCUGUGAGAGUACUGUCGGACGCUUCCUGGGCGAGGUGGACGGGUCCGUGAUGGCUUCGCUCGUCAAGAUGGGACUGUACAAAAAGGUGUCGUUGUUCGACUACCAGGCCAUGUGUAAGAACAGUCAUCAUCACGCCAGCAGCGCCCGCCCUCUGCUCAGCCCCUUUUAUUGCAUCGCUGCGUUAAUCAGAUGGCUCUUCUCCAACGCUCUGAUGUUCCUGCUGGACUUCAAUCUCUGUGGUCUCUGGCACUCGGAUUACUUUGUGGACGCCAAGGCUGGCUAUCAUACAAGUCAUAAGCAGAGGAAGAUGGAUGCGUAUCAGCCCUGCGACACGGCGUAUCCUGGCUUCAUGUACGACUCGUCUGUCAGGGAAGCCAACAGCCUCAUCAAGUGUGGACGCUGCCAGAAGAUGUUUGUGGUGCAGCAGAUCCCUGACAGUAACCUGGUUCUGGUUGUGACUCAGGCCGACUGUGACUGUUCCCGUCAGUACGGACCCAUGCUGCUGGAGCCCAAAGAGAUCAAAUAUAACGCCACAGUGAAGUGCAACAGGAUGAAAUCCCAGAAGGUGCGGCGGCGUCCGAGUUCCUGCCACGCCUACCACCCGAAGGAAAAUGCCAAGGACUGUGGCGGGGCGUUGGCCAUCAUCCCGUCGCUCUCCGUCUUCUCGGUGUCUUUGCUUGUCUCAACGCUCCUCCGCCAUUGGACGUAAAGAAGGAACCAAUCAGGAUGCUCCGAGGGAGGCGGCAGAAAAGUAGAACCAAAACGCCAGGACAGGACUUUAUUUAAUUUUUUUUUCACGAGAGACGACGGGACAUCUCAGAUUUUCUUUCCUGCUGUUCAGACGAGUCUCGGCUUGCUGCAGUGGCGAUAAAGGGCUAUUUCUUAUUUUUUAGACUUUGCUGAACUUGAAUGAGGAAGAAAGAGUCCAGAUUCUGUUGAAACAGACUCGGGUGGACGGACGUAAACAGUGCGGCGAACUGUUGCCAUUUACACUCAAAGAAUGUAGUAUCUUUGUAGCUUUUUGAUACAGAAAUAUUGUACACAAAGUAGAGUUUUACAUUCAAAUGACUUAAUAAAAAAAAGUAGGAGCAUCAAAA